AUGUCAGUUCCAAUAUUAACAAUUCCUGAAUCUGCAUUCGAUUCUUCAAUGUACAGUGGGAACCCCGCUAGAUCAAAAUCACAACUUUUAAUGUACUUGUUAAAAUUAACUAAUCGUUCGUCAUUUGCCUUGGUCAUUAUUUACUUGGUAGGGUAUUUUGCUAUUAAACCAUUAAUGGAAACCAAUAUCUCUAGAAGACUAGAGUACUUGGAUGCCGUGAGAGGGAAAUUGAGAGACUUUUAUUUGAAAGCAAUAACAAAAGUACUGCAUAUUCCAAUAGUAGCCAUCAAACGAAACGGCAAAUUGUAUGCUGAUGAGAUAGUCCAAACUAAUGAAUCUAAAGAAGAAAGCGAUAAAUUAUCUCAAGAUAAACUUUGUAAAAGUUUGCACAAGUUAUCAAUAUUGCUUAAUGAGGGGAUCAAGAGUUACUCUACCACUCAAUUAGCAAACUAUAAGAGUAUAAACUAUGCCAUCAAGGAUUUCCAGAAUAAAUCAGACUUGGUAUACUUUAACCAAUCUGAAUUGUUUGUUUUAGACAGCAAUAUUAAGUCUCCUGUUGUGUCUGGUGCCACAAUGAGAAAGAAAGAUAUAGCGGUGGAAACAAAAAACGAGAUUAGAAGUAUCAAAGGUUUAUACAUGAGUGGGCAGGCUUAG